AUGUGGGAAAGAGUGACUUAACUGUUUUCAGAGGAGCUGCCCUUGCGCAAUAGAUUUUCUAUUCAUUGGUCAGUUCAAGUGCCUCUGAUACUUUCGGAGGUGUAUUCACGAGCGUCAGGGGUUUGAGACUCACAGAAGCACAGCUGUCUGUUGUUCUCUCAGGGCAGUAUGCGAGGACUUAAUGCCUUUAUACUCUUUCUCAUCUUUGUCGGCUGCAUAAGAGCUAAGAAGAUGAGGUGGUGCACAGUGUCUGAUCCUGAGCACAGGAAGUGUGCAGAGCUCGCCAAAGCUCUGGUGGCAGUGCUGCCGCCCGCUGCUGUGGCAGCUUUUGCCAGACUCUCGUGCAUCCGAGCGUCCAGCACAACUGACUGCAUCGACAAGAUCAGGGCUAACCGUGCUGAUAUAGUGACGCUAGAUGCAGGAGAAGUUUACUCCGCUGUCAAGCAGUUUGGCCUGGUUGCCAUCGCCAAAGAGAUUUACAGCGACGGAGGCUGUAUUCUGUCAGUGGCUGUGGUGAGAAACAGAAGUCUGGACAUACGCUCCCUGCAGGGCCACAGGAGCUGUCACAGUGGGGUUCGAUGGACAGCUGGAUGGAGUCUUCCUCUCGGCUUCCUGAUGUCCCGCAACUACCUGAGCUGGUCAAAGGAGCAGCCUCUAAGUCAGGACGUCAGUACCUUUUUCAGUGGCAGCUGUAUCCCUGGAGCUGCUGCCAUGGCUCCAGCUCUGUGCGCUCUGUGCCAAGGCCAGAAGUCUUACAUCCGCCAGAAGAAUUACCACUGUGAAACAUCUCACAGUGAGCCGUUCUACAACAGCCAAGGAGCCCUCAGAUGCCUCAGGAGUGGGACAGGCGAUGUUGCAUUUGUGGAUCAUUUAGCUCUUGAAAGUAUUGAAGACAGGGAUAAAGAUGAGUUCAGGUUACUUUGUACGGACGGCACUCAGGCUCCUCUCAGCCACUACAGAACCUGUAAUCUGGGUCGAGGUCCAGGAGCAGGCAUGGUCACCAGAUUCAACUUUCGCAAGAUGGCUCGCAAAUUCCUUACCACAGUGCAGAUGCUGUUUGGCCUUCGAGGACGAGAGAGGCAGCGCUUCCAGCUGUUUAACUCAUCUUCUUUUGGAGAAAACGACCUUCUUUUCAAAGAUGUGACAGAUAAACUCUCUGUUCUGCCAGACGACAUGGAUGUCAGCCAGGUGCUUGGGCUUGAUUACGUGGCUCUCCUCAAAGGUCUCGGACAUGAAGGUAGUUCUCUGGAGGACAGUGUUGUGCGGUGGUGUUGUAUCAGCCAUGCAGAGCAGAAGAAAUGUGAGCAGUGGGCUCUCAAUAUAAAGUCAGACCCUUUGGUGUGUGUCAGAGCCAUCUCAGUGCGUGACUGUAUCGAGAAAAUUAAGAGGGACGAGGUAGAUGCUGUAUCACUGGAUGCCACUCACACUUUCAUAGCUGGUAGAUGUGGUCUGGUCCCUGUAGUCACUGAAUAUUAUGAGAGAGAAAGAAAAUGUGUUCCUGCUGAGGGAUCGACCCACUUAGAGACAGAUGUGCUUCCCUCUGUGGUGGCCGUGGCGGUGGCAAAGCGUUCUAGCAGGAAUGUUUUCAUCGGGAACCUGGGAGGCCGUCGCUCCUGUCACAGCCACAUGUACAGCCCUGCUGGCUGGCUGCUGCCGUACAGACACACGCUGAGCCUGGAGCACAACAGCAGCUCCCCCUGUGACCCAGACCAAGUGUACAAAAGUGUGUUUUGGAAAGGCUGUCUUCCAGGCUCUCAGGGUAAUCUGUGUAAAGUGUGUAUGGGAGGCACAGGGGAGGCUGCCACUAAACGCUGCGCUGACAACCACAAUGAGCGGUUUUAUGGCAACAUGGGGGCAUUAAGGUGUCUUGUUGGUGAUCCAAGCGGUAAAAGCUACGGUGAUGUUGCUUUCCUUGAGCAGCACACGCUUCAGGCCAACAUCCUCAGUUUAAGCUCCACUGGUUGGGCAGACGGAUGGGCAGUGUCAGACUUUGAGCUGCUGUGUGGUGAUGGUCGUCGGGCGCCACUGUCAGAGUGGGAGAGCUGUAACCUUGGAGUCAUCCCUCCGAACACCGUCAUGACACGACCUGUGCUCACAGCAAGAGUGUAUGACUUCCUGAUGAAGUCAAAGGAAACUUUGGCAGCCAACCCAAACACCGAGUUCAAGCUCUUUGAGUCUCAGCAGUAUGGAGAAAGUGAUCUGCUGUUCAAAGAUGCAACUCAGUGUUUCGUCCACACGAGUCACAUGACCUCCCGCUCCAUCCUCGGAGACGAGUUCUACAGCCACGUAGAAAGUGUUUUCAACUGCACUCACUCUGAUAUCCUGGAGUUUUGUAAUCAAGACAUAUGCAGCAUAUUCGAAUAGAUGUCAUGGGAACGUCACCUUUCCUUUUUUUUUUUUUAUAAAGUUAUAUUUUUG